GCGCGCGCGCGCGCGCGCGCACCCCCGCUCGUCAUCACCUUCGUCGUUUCCAAUCCCUUUCUCGUAGUCGCGCGAGCUUCCUCAGCCGAGCCGACUCCUCCGCCUCCCCCACCCCCCAGUGUGUGGCUCCCCAGCUCUCCGCAUCUCGGACUGUCACUCCGGUGAGAGCUGCUCGCAUAAACCCCCGUUCUAAGCCUUCGCUUCCUUCGAGAGGGACGAGGCCGGCAUGUCCGGGCAGCAGCCACAGCAACUGCCGGCGACGGCUCCUCUACCACCGAGCAACCCGACUCCCUCGCCGGCCUCGGCCGCGCUUCUCCUUCACCCUCCGCCGCCGCCACCACCGCCGGCCACUUCGGCCCCUCCGCCUCCCCCUCCUCCGCCCGCUGUGGCGGCGACGGCGGCGGCAACAACAACAGUCUCCGCUGUCUCCUCAGCUGGGCCCAUGUCUGCCGGGAGCGGCAGUAGCGCCCCGGCCCCUUUCCCUCACUGCGGCGAUCCAGCCCUCAACGAGCAAGAGAAGGAACUCAAGCGGCGCCUUAAGAGGCUCUACCCGGCCGUGGACGAGCAGGAAACCCCACUCCCUCGGUCUUGGAGCCCGAAAGACAAAUUCAGCUACAUCGGCCUCUCACAGAACAAUCUGCGCGUCCACUACAAAGGCCAUGGGAAAACUCCAAAAGAUGCUGCUUCUGUUCGCGCCACUCACCCCAUACCUGCUGCUUGUGGAAUAUAUUACUUUGAAGUAAAAAUUGUCAGUAAAGGAAGAGAUGGUUAUAUGGGAAUUGGGCUCUCAGCUCAAGGAGUGAACAUGAACAGACUACCAGGUUGGGAUAAACAUUCAUAUGGUUACCAUGGAGAUGAUGGGCACUCAUUUUGUUCCUCAGGAACUGGACAGCCCUAUGGUCCAACAUUUACAACUGGUGAUGUCAUUGGUUGCUGUGUAAACCUUAUCAACAAUACCUGCUUCUACACAAAGAAUGGGCAUAGCUUGGGUAUUGCUUUUACAGAUUUGCCGCCAAAUCUAUACCCUACAGUUGGACUUCAAACACCCGGAGAAGUAGUGGAUGCUAAUUUUGGACAGCAUCCAUUUGUGUUUGAUAUUGAAGAUUAUAUGCGUGAAUGGAGAACCAAAACUCAGGGUCAGAUUGACAGAUUCCCUAUAGGAGAUCGGGAAGGAGAAUGGCAGACGAUGAUCCAAAAGAUGGUUUCAUCUUAUUUGGUACAUCAUGGAUACUGUGCAACAGCAGAGGCAUUUGCUAGAUCUACUGACCAGACUGUACUAGAAGAAUUAGCUUCCAUUAAAAAUAGACAAAGAAUUCAGAAACUGGUUCUAGCAGGAAGAAUGGGAGAAGCCAUUGAAACAACACAGCAGUUGUAUCCAAGUCUAUUAGAAAGAAAUCCUAAUCUUUUAUUUGCUUUGAAGGUACGUCAGUUUAUAGAAAUGGUCAAUGGUACAGACAGUGAAGUACGAUGUCUAGGAGGUCACAGUCCAAAAUCUCAAGAUAGCUAUCCUGUUAGUCCACGAUCAUUUAGUAGUCCUAGUAUGAGCCCCAGCCAUGGAAUGAAUAUACAUAGUCUAUCAACAGGCAAAGGAAGUAGCACACACUGUUCUGGUUUUGAAAAUAGUUGCAGUAAUGGAGUGAUAUCAAACAAAAUUCAUCAGUCUUAUUGUCACAGUAAACAUCAGUCUACCAGUUUAAAUGUACCAGAACUCAAUAAUAUAAAUGUAACAAGAUCACAACAGAUUAACAGUUACUCCAGCAAUGAUGUAGACAUGGAAACAGAUCACUACUCUAAUGGAGUUGCAGAGACAUCAUCUAAUGGUUUCUUAAAUGGUAGUUCUAAACAUGAUCAUGAAAUGGAAGAAUGUGACACAGAAAUGGAGGUGGAUUCUAGUCAGUUAAGACGUCAACUGUGUGGUGGUAGCCAAGCAGCCAUUGAAAGAAUGAUACACUUUGGCAGAGAAUUACAAGCUAUGAGUGAACAACUAAGAAGAGAGUGUGGCAAAAACACAGCAAACAAGAAAAUGCUCAAAGAUGCAUUCAGUUUACUUGCAUAUUCUGAUCCGUGGAAUAGUCCAGUAGGAAAUCAGCUGGAUCCCAUUCAGAGAGAGCCCGUAUGUUCAGUCCUCAACAGUGCAAUACUAGAGACACACAAUCUACCAAAGCAACCUCCUCUUGCUCUUGCAAUGGGACAGGCUUCACAGUGUCUAGGUCUGAUGGCCCGAUCGGGAAUUGGAUCCUGUGCAUUUGCCACAGUGGAAGAUUAUCUACACUAGCUAUGCAUAUGAAGAUGUCCAAGGUGUAUAAUGUGGCAUAUAUUCAACAAGAAAGUAGACCAACUCUGCCAUUGGAGUUUGGAUUUUUUUUUAAAUUAUGUACUAAGGACAGGUCUGUUGCUUUACAUUGCUUCCUAGUUUACAGCAUGAUGCAAAUGAUUUUCUAAACUACUGUUAGGAGAUAUUUUCCAUCUUUAACCAGAGUUAAAUAUCAUCAGUAACAUCAGAUUGAAAAACCUUUGAAUUGUUACAAACCAAAAAGUUCUGCCUUCAUGGAGGGCAGGGCAAAAUAGAUAAUGUUGUGGAUGUGUUAGUAUGUGGGUGAUGUAAACUUCAAGCAGGAUAAUUUGCCAACUUUCACCCUCAUUACAUAGAUCAAUCAAUGUAAUUUGCAAACUGCAUAUGUACCUGACAGUUUGGCUGUAUAGUAUUGAUGGGAAGAAAUAUUUUUAAUGUGUACUGUAAAACUUGAAAUACUCAGGAGCUGAGUGAAUAUGUUUGUUGCUACUUACAAUCUCAACCUGUUUCCUAGUGGUUUUUGUUUUAACAUGGUCUUUUCAGCUCUGUUUCCUGUUUAACUGCAAACAACUUAUGUUGUAGACUCACCUGUUUAACUGUUGUAUUAUAACAGUAUUACAUGUCAACACAGUGUGGUUAUGGCCUAUUUAUAUAAAAACCAAAUAUUUAGUCAAUUUCAGUCUUAAUUUAAUCUUUGUACAUCCUGCAUUUUAAAAAGUGCUUAAAUGAGUACUCUAUUGCAAUAAAAUGUAGUGAUAUCAUAAUUAAUCAGCCAUUAAAUACUUACAUAUGGUAGGUUUGCUACCUUA